GGUUAGUGGUUCUUUGGGUUGAUUAUAUUAGCAGAGAAUGUCUCCUGUACUCCUGGUAUCUGUGAUUGCUCACAUUGAGAGGCAAGUAGCUGACAAGCACAGUUUUUUGUUUUUACAUUUGUUUUUGUGAUGAGAGAAACCUAUGAAAAGCAUGUACACACGUUUCACGCGUGGAACUAAAAAGCUGCGUGUCUAGUUUCCGUCCGGAACCCUAUUUGAACGGACCGAGUUGGGGAGUGAAUUAUCCACGGACCUGUAGCGUGUGUAAACUAUAGUGUAAGUGUUUUGCAUUUUCUUAGUUAAUGUGUGCAGGAAUAAAGCCUGGCAUAGUGAAUAAAGUCAUUGUACAGACAGUGCAGGGUUACAUUGUAUCCACUUCCUGUGUGCUGCACCAAGGAGCAUGUUUGAUCUAUAACAGAGUGAUACAUUGUGUCAUCUUUGUGUACAUGUCAUUAACAUCUUUUAACUACACCUCACAGCUGUAAUUAUUUAAUGAGCAAUGCAAUAGACCUCUAUUACUGAAAUUGACUAGUUUUAAUUUGGAGAGUUGAAAUUGACAGAGUAAAAUGUGUAUAAUAUAUAAUGUGCUUUAGAGUUUGUGUCUGUCUGUCAAUAAUCACAGUAAUUAAAAUGUUAAUAUUGGUUGUUUUUCCAACAAAGAUUUGUAAAUUUUCAACCUUACCAUCCCUUCAGCUGGAGAUGAUUUGACUUGGCUGGUGAACCCCCUGUAGGAUUUUUACACUAAUGGAGGAGGUCAGUAUACCUGCAGUGUUGUUUAUAUCCAUCCAUCCGUCUGUGGGAGCAGGGGAAGUUUUGUUCCUUGGUCUGCAGAGUCACCGCACUAUUAUUUUGUUGAUUAAAAGCAGUGGGGAGGUGUCUUUGUAUAUUUGUUGGUAUGUCCACUCAGAAAUCAGUGAGAUUUGUUCAAAACAAAAGGCCAUUCCCCUAACAUGCCCCCAUUCCAGACAUUAAUAGUAAUUUCUUAUAAUGAUCUCUCAUAAGAAAAGCCUCAUUUUUUUUUUUUUUUGUGAUAAAAAUAUCACUUUGACAUGACGUAUUUUGUAUAUUACAUCUGUUAAGUGCGGUUUUGCUUUGUUUUUUUUUUUGUUUUGUUUUUUAAAACAAAGGUAAAGGUGUGACAGAAGUAGUAUUAAAAAUACAACAACAAAAAACAGAACAAUUGAGUGGAUGGCAUGAGAUAUAUAUUUCACACACAUUGGAUUGAUGUCGUUUUAUAAAAUGAUUAGUACAUGAGCAUAAAACAAAUGUUAAAAACAGGAAACUUAUCCAAAUAAAAUAAUAGAAAGGGGCUGUGAAGGGGUCAAUAGUUUUUAAAAUGCAUUCUAUACCCCUGAAAACCACAGGCUCCUCAAGGAUCUUUUGAAGAUGAACUGGAUUGGUGCAUUCAUAAACUGGAGACUUGUCUUCUCCGCCGAAAUCCAUCCCCAAAACAAGGUAUGCGUUGUCAUUAAUCUCUUUCUUUUGGUUCACUACAUCUUGUGCUGUGGAAAUAUCCUGAUCCACAACUAGGAAGCUAUUUACUGUAAUGUGAAUCCUAUCUCAUUGUAUCAAAUUAUGUUUUUUCCCCAGUAUGUUAUUGUUAAAGGGUUACUCCGAGCACCAUGACUACUUCAGUUCAGUGGUUAUUGUGCUUGGAGUCUGUAUGCGCAGAACUUCAGUUUGAAACAUUGCACAUACAGAGCUAUAGCAUAUUGCUGCCGAAAGUGAGCAUGAAUUCUGGGAAUAUUUGGCAUCUGUCGCAGCCAUGCAUAGUGCAAUGUCUUGCAAAAAAAAUAUUUUUUUUUCAUUAGUAGUUUGUGUGUGUUUUCUUCUUGUCUGUGUAUGUAUGUGGGACAUAGCCUUAUGUGCUUUUGCCCCACACUGACUGAUGCAAAGACAAUCUAUGACACUGUUGCACAAUUUUUUCCAGCUCUUAGACAGUAGCAAGUUUGCCUGCUUUAUGCUUUUGAGUUUUAAUUUGCAUUCAUCAUCUCACUAUUCCCCUCCCAGUAUCCGAUGCAGAGAAGGUGCUUCAAGUCCUGCGGUCUCGCAAAGCACCUUUUGUGAAGAAACGUUCAGUGAUGAACAGGGUUUUUGGAAACUACCGUCUUAAAAUGGCUGAAGAGAGAAAAGCGCAGGAAAAAACAGGUACAUUAAAUGCUUGUUUAAUCCCUUCAAUACCAUGGGGUUUAUAGAAAAAUCACCCCCAGAAUCCAAGUAUUUUCCAACUUAUUGUAUAUCAUUUUGUUCAGGAUAAAUAAGACUUUCAUUUCACAUCAAAUAUUUAUAUAUAAAACAUUUAAUAUAAAUAAAAAAAAAAAAGUGAGAAAUAAAAGGGACACCAUAGGCACCCAGACCACGUCAGCUCACUGAAGUGGUUUGGAUUCAGUGUUUCUGUCCCACUCCGUACUGCAAUGCAAAUCAUUGAUCAUCUUGCAGGACUAAGACUGCCUCCAGUUUAUUAGUCAACCACUAGAAGCGCUUCUGGAAUUCUAAGGGACUCUGAGUCUGACAUCCUGACUCUGAUUUCCAGGGUCAGUAAAAUUUCUAUAGCAAAGCAUUUAACACAAUGCAAUCCUAUGUGGCGUGCCUAAUGCGCUAGCAGCACUUGUAGUGCAUGCGCACUAGGUCCCCCCCAUCAGAUGAUGUCAGAGGAGGCAGAGCAGCAAGUGACAUCGGUGCAGGAAUUGAGCAAGUAAAAGGUUUUUUUUUUGUUUUGUUUUUUUUAAAUUCCAAAGGGAACCAUAGUGUUAGGAAUACAGUUUUGUAUUCCUAACACUAUAGAAUAUAUUUGCUGAAUUUAGAUUGUAUGUGUAAAGGCUGUAUUUCCUUGUUCAACCUCCCCGCACAUUGCUUGUUUUUAUUUUUAGCUGAGGCCCCCCCCCCUCCUGCGUACCUUUUGGUAGUCAGGCAGGCUUUAAUUCCAUUGGGGCUACCUGUGGAAUCUGCCCUCUGUCUAAGAGCAGAUGCUUAGAAUGCCCCCUUCUGGCCUCUGACUGCAAGGGAGUGAGAUCGCUAGAGCCCCUACCAGCUCAUGCUGUGCGGAGGAGCUCAGCGAGGCAGUGCAUGAUAGAUGGCACUGGCUUUGCUAUCUGCACAGCCUUUGCAAACAAAAUUAGUUUUCAAUGAACAAACUUCACUGCAAUGGUUGUAAUUGAGUAUACACGAUCGCAGGAUAUGGGUGCAGAUCCUGGCAAUUGUCUCUACAUGAGUGCUACAUUGAAGGGCCAUAAUCAAAAUACUGUGCAAAUAAAUGAAAUCUUGCAAUUGUGGUUUAAUAAGUUGUAUCGUUUCUGUUUGAAAAAAAAUUAAGAUUUAAGACAAAGGAAAUGAAAUAAAUACAAAAAUACUCUUCUAGAAAAAUAUUCACACUAUAAUUAUAUCAAAAACCUAAUUCAUAGUGGAGUAUUCUAAACCGAAACUAAAAGGAACAGAGAAUGUAAAGAGUUAAAGAAACCCCUAACGGAGGAAGUAAAGUAUUAGUGCACAGCUUAGUGGCAGAGCAAUGAAACUGCAUGCUGAUGUAGAACACCAUUUGUUGCAGCUAUUUUGAACCUGUUCUCUGUUGCUCAUAAGUGAGAUGGCAUACGGGUGCAUGGGGAGCUUUUAUAGGUUACAGCUAAUGCAUCCCUGGCGAGUUUUCCAUAUACCCUGUAGGAUUGCAGUGGUGAGCUCCUUAUAAGGUCUGAUUAAUAACAUACAGUGUUGUAUUGUUUUGGGGUUAUAUUAAAUAAAGCAGGAGUUAUGGAAUAACUGAAUUGGAAAAAAAUAAAAUCGUUCUUAAUCUGCUAUUUUUCCAGCUGGUCUAUUUCAUCCAUUUGCAUAUCGGCCAAAUUGCAUAAGAUGUAUUCUAUUAUUCCUUAGUAUUGUAAAUUGAGUUUUUCUUUCAUAUAUUUAAUGCACUCUUUCUGCUUUUCUCAAAGCUGCUAAUCUCCCUGAUGCUCACAUCCAGGAGGGAACGUCUCAGGAUUCUCAGAGCGUGUGCUAUAGGAAAUGUUCAAAGGAUACACCGGCUAGCUCCAGCAGUUGGUUCCCAGUCUCUGAUAAUACCUUCAACUUUAAUUUCUGUGUAGAUGAGCUUGAUCAGGGUACAGACAGUGGGACAGAGGAUGCGGAAAACAAUCAGAAUGAGCACGUCACAGAUGGAGACAGUCAUGACGUCAAUCAGGCCAGCAUCAUAGUCCCCAAUGCAGCCUUGGGAUUCUCCUUCAAUUUCCAGAUUCCGGAUGAUGCUGCCUCCACUUUGCCGAACUUAGAGCUUGGAGGUCAGGGUUCUGUAGAGAAGACCUCUGCAGAGAACAUGACCACUGUUACUGAACCCAAUGCUGUAUCACAGAACCAUACAGAGUUACAGGCUGCUGUGAAUAAAACAGAGGCCUCUGUGACCUCUAGUAAUACUGUAAAAAAGGAUGAGGCUAAGAACAUGUCUGGAGAUUCUCCUAGCAAGAAAAAGAAGAAAAAAGGAUCUAAGGGAAAAGGCCUGACUGGGGAAGGACAGAAAGUUAGCAAAGCAGAGACGCCAAAUAAAGAAACCAGAGGAGCUGACUCUUCAAGUGAUGCUCCCCAGGUGAGGAAUCUGAAAAUCUGUUUAAAAUGGUCAAAAAGAAUGUUUUGUAGAUGUUAGCCACUUUCCUAUCAUCUCUGUAUGUACCGAGUCCUGCAUUCUAUCUGUGUGAAAAGGAAAACUAGAGGAAAACUACUUACCUUCUCUCAAUUAAUCUAAUAUCGCCGUUCUAGCUCUCUGUCUGACCUGGAAGUCUUUGGUGGAUAGGUGUUUUUUUUUUUUGGGGGGGAGGGGGGGUAGUGGGGGAAUUGGAAUGUACUCAACUAAUUAUAACAUCUGUGUUUUUCAAGCAAGGCCCAAAUUUGCAGCUGUAAAAUGUUCAUUAGCGAAUAACCCUAAUCUUUCAUUAAAAUGCAAUGCACAUUUUGUAUCCACUUAUUUAUAACUAAUAAUUAGUUCCAAAAAAAGCAGUUAACCUAGUAAUGGCAUGUACUCUAUCCCUAUGUGCAAACACCUUAAUAAAAAAGUGAAUGUAAAAAAAUAAAGUUAAAUAAUUUGCUAUUACAUAUUGUUUGGUUUGUAUAAUGCAUUUAUAUAUGCAGAGUUGCUAAUAUUAUGAGAUAUAUAUAUAUAUAUAUCUAUAUCUUCCUAUAUACCAAGUGUGUCCUUCCUUGUCCUUCAGCUAUUGUUGAACUACACUUCCCAUAAUUCUCUGCCAUCUGUUAGCUGGUAAAGAAUAAUGCUGCAUAUAAUCUAACAGAAGCUGACAGCCUCUACUUUCUUAUAAAAAUGUGUGUCUUCCAGUCAGGGGAGGAUGAGCUGUCCAGAGAGUUGGACUGGUGCGUGGAGCAGCUCGAAAUCGGACUCCAGAGACAAAAAUCUACUCCAAAACAGGGUGAGGAAGGCUGAACUUGAUGGACACAUGUCUCUUUUCAGCCUAUGUAACUAUGUAAGGAAUAAAUUCUAUCUAAAUAUAUAGUGAGGAGAAGUGAUAAGUUAGAGCUGUUAGUGUAUGUAGAGAGAGGCACAUAGUUGAACCAGCCGACAGGGUGGAUUUGGGUAGGGAAUUUUAUUAAAGUUUAAACCUACAAGAGACACAGGUUGGAUAGAAGCUCUCUGUCUUCCAUUUGGAAUGUUAAGACACACGGUUAUAAACUCACUAAGUCACAAUAUACUUGUUGUCUCUGAUUCCCUGAGUUGAUAAAGUGGGGGAGAGAGGCACAGACACAUAAGAUGACAUUUAAAGAUACAAACAUAAAAUUACAGGAAGAGCUCUACUGAAAAACGGGUAAUAAGUGUGUGGUUUAUAAGUACACGGUGCUCUUAAAGGAAGAGAAUCUGUUCCCAUACCAGAUAUAUACAUGUAAUAAAAAAUAAGAAAUGAUCCCACGGCACACCACAGUUUUGCACAUAAAGAGUAUUUAUUCAUGCGUAGAAAAUACAACAAGAUAUCAUUAUAACAGAGAGUGCAUAGUAUAGUGCUAAACCAGUAUAUAGUACCAAAACCACAAUGUAAGUAAAGUGCUAAAUGCAAAAACCCAUUUAAAAAGGUAUACUGGCUGUGAAGCCUUCCUCUGAGAGGUCCCCCAGUGGAAGGCUUCACAGCCGAAACGUUGGGGUUUCAUUUCUCCUGCUCUUGGUCAGUAUACCUUUUUUUUAUGGACAUUUAAAGAUACAACAGAUACACACGAAGACUAGAAUCAGGCAAAGAGAUGCAGGUAACAGACCGUACAGUACCCAGACAUAGACUAGCUGAGGAAUGCACACACACAAAGGGAGUAUUUCCACCAGGGUGCUCCAAUAAGGGAAGUUACAUUGGGAAAAUUGCCAGUGAUUUCCUCAGAUAAGCAGACUUUAUAUAGGAACAGUGCACAAUGUUUCAGCUUUGAAGUGAGCCUUUGUCAAGCCUAGACUAGAAUGUCAUCUGAGUCUCCCUCCUUGUUUCCAUCAUGCAGUGGAAGAAGCUUUGCGAGCUAUUAAGACACUGCGCAGUGAAAAGGCGGCUUUGGUUAAGAAACGCCAGGUAAUGCGCGCAAUGUUUGGAGAUUAUAGACGUAAGAUGGAAGAAGAGAGACAGAAGCAGCUCAAGCUGAUGCAGACUGGUGAGUUACGUAUAGGAAAAUCAAAUUUGGUGUUGAUGGAUCUUCACAAAGCUUACAAACCCUAGACUAUGUCUAAUCAAAUUGUGAGAAGCUGUGUGUUCUGUCUGUAUCUGUAGUUAUGCAUCUAUCAGAUUUAUUCUCUAAAGUGAGAGUUCAAAGUGAAUUUCAAACUUAAAACCAAAAUGGCCAAAUUGAAAAAAAUCCUCUAAUUCAGCUAUACUUCCAGUUCGACUACUUUGGCCUAAAACGUGAAAUUCACUUUAAAUUCUCAAUUUAGUAAAUAACAAUGUAUCUCUGUGUUAUCAGAUUCCUCUGGAAUACAGAAGGUUCAAGAAUGGCCUCAGACUUUGACUAGCCCUGAGCUGUUGGUCCAUAUAUCCCAUAAUUCUCUAUCAGCCUACAAAUAGAACCAUCACCUGUUCAGUGAAUAGCAUUGGAUAGUGUUCUUCUUUAAGUUAAAUUCUGUAUUAGUGUUACUGUUUAAUGAUCUUACACUCUGUCUCUCUUAACAGCUGCUCAAUCUGCUCGGAUGAAGAAGGUUUCCACAGUUCAAAGACAAAAGACUAGCAAGGUUUUCCGUCAGAGCAUUCGUAAAACUUGUAAAAAUCCAAACACGGCUCCUGUUACCCUGGCCCUGGACUCCCCGGCUGAGCCUGGGGCGACAUCUAGCCAACAAAUUUUUGUUUUCAGAUCAUCAGAUGAACCUUUCUGCUUUAAUUUUCAGUUAUAAACUUUUAUUUUACUUAGGAUUGUAUGCCCCCUCGUUCGAUGACAGGAAUGCAAAUCCAUAAAAUGCUUUUUAUUGCAAACAGAUAUUUGCAACCUACAAACUAAGGAUUUUUUUUUUUUUUUUUUAUAUUAUGAUAAAUAACAAGAAAAUUGUUAUAUUGGAGAGGGUCUCCAUGAAGUUAAUAAACUG